CUAAAAAGAUGAAAGGGAAAAAGCACAGAUGGUCUUACAAAAUGCUAAAGCUUACAAAACAUAAUUGAGUUUCAAUCACUACAAAAGAACCACAAACAAGUUUCAUAAAUUUUUUUUUUUUUUUUUUUUGUUUUGCACCAAACCAAAUCUUUCAUUUAGAUUCCAAUUUUACACAGUUGAAGAAAAUGAAGUUUGGAAAGGAAUUCACUUCCCAGAUGGUGCAGGAAUGGCAAGGAGCAUACAUGGACUACAACUCCCUCAAAAUCCUCCUCAAAAACGUCUUACAAUUCCGACAGCGAAACGCAACAACAACAGUGGCAGCCACACCAAGAGGGUCAUUGGCAAGAAGGGUGUCGCUUUACAGAGCCUUCAGUGGACUAACGAGCCGAUACAGAGCGUCUCCAAGGAAGGACAAUGAAGAUGAAGUGAUACUAAUGCAAGAGGAGAGGUCAGAAGGAAAUUUGUACAAGACCAUGUUCCUCAGGUCAUCAGAGGAUGGAGGAGAGUAUGAGCUCGUCUUCUUUAGAAGACUUGAUGAUGAGUUUAAUAAAGUGGUCAAGUUUUGUAAGGAGAAAGUGGAAGAAGUGAUGGAAGAGGCAGAGGAGUUGGACAAACAAAUGGAUGCUUUGAUUGCUCUGAGGGUCAAGGUUGAAAGACCUGUUUUGGGGUUGAAGGGUGCCCAAAAGAUACAUAUUGCAACACAUGGCAGUGCCUCAAUAUCCCCAGAAUCAAUUUCUCCUCAGACUCCUCCCAUCAAUGGAAGAAAACCAGGAAAGGCACCCAUGGAUGCAAUUCAAGAAGUUGAGAUGAGCAGUGAAGGAACUUUGCAAGCCGAAAAAACACCUACCACUGAACCAAAGAGCAUUGACCGUGAGACAGCCGAUAAGGAAAAGACGAAUAUUAAGGGCUUUAGGCCAGUUUCAUUACAAGUUUUGGAUCAUGUAAAGAUCAACUUGGCACCAGAAACUCCUGUAUCGACUUUGAAACAUGUCCUCAUGAGAUCAACAUCCGACUUGUCCUUCAGCAAGGUGGAGUUGAGGAAAGUUGAAGAACAAAUGACACAGGCUUUUAUUGAAUUCCACGGAAGGCUUAGACUUCUGAAAAGUUUCUGCUUCUUGAAUCUAUUGGCAUUCUCUAAGAUCAUGAAGAAGUAUGAUAAGAUCACUUCAAGAAAUGCAUCAAAGGCUUACCUAGAAAUGGUAGACAAAUCUUACCUUGGCAGCUCCGAAGAGCUUAAUAAACUCAUAGAAAGAGUAGAGGCUACCUUCAUCAGGCACUUCUCGAAUGGAAAUCGCAGUAAGGGAAUGAAUAUUUUAAGGCCUAAAGCUAAAAAAGAAAAACACAGGAUAACAUUUUUCUUGGGUUUCUUAUCUGGCUGCUCAAUAGCACUUCUAGUGGCAAUUGCUAUGGUUAUACAUGCAAAAGAUGUUCUUAAGAGCCCGGAGCGUGGACAGUAUAUGGAAACUAUGUUUCCACUAUAUAGCUUGUUUGGAUUCACUGUUCUACAUAUGCUCAUGUAUGGUGGGAACAUAUACUUUUGGAAGUGUUAUCGGAUCAAUUAUCCCUUUAUAUUUGGUUUCAAGCAAGGGAGAGGUUUGGGUUACCGAGAAAUCUUCCUUCUCAGUUUUGGCCUUGCAGUACUCACAAUGGCUGGUGUGCUCUCAAACCUGGACAUGCAAAUGGACCCUAGAACAAAAAGCUUCAGAGCUGCAAGAGAAUUGGUACCUUUGGGACUAGUCACUGUUGUGCUUCUUAUAACAUUCUGUCCUUUCAACAUCAUUUACCGUUCAAGUCGCUUCUUCCUUAUCACUUGUGUGCUUCAUUGUCUUUGUGCUCCUCUUUAUAAGGUUGUCCUCCCUGAUUUCUUCUUGGCAGAUCAGCUUACAAGCCAGGUGCAGGCUUUCAGAAGUUUGGAGUUUUAUAUCUGUUAUUAUGGUUGGGGGGACUUCAAGAAGAGAGAAAAUGGAGAAAAUAUAUGCCGUGCAAAUGAUGUUUAUAAAAUAUUUUAUAUCAUUGUCGCAGUUGUUCCAUAUUGGAUGCGCUUACUUCAGUGUGUUCGACGCUUGCUUGAAGAGAAAGGUUGUAUGCACGUGCUUAAUGGGCUCAAAUACUUGUCAAUAAUUGUUGCAGUUGUCUUGAGGACAGGGGAUGAUCUGAAGUGGGGAAUGCUUUGGAAGAUUAUGGCGGCAGUGAGUUCAGCAGUUGCUACAAUUGCUGCUACAUACUGGGACAUUGUCAUAGAUUGGGGUCUUCUGCAACGAAAUUCGAGAAAUCCUUGGUUGAGAGAUAAGCUCCUUGUACCAAACAAAUACGUAUACUUUGUUGCCAUUGUAGUGAAUGUGAUACUUAGACUUGCAUGGAUGCAAACAGUUUUAGGCAUUCGUGACACGCCUUUACUCCAUGGGAAAGCCUUAGUUGCAAUUGUUGCGAGUUUGGAGAUCAUUCGUCGUGGUAUUUGGAAUUUCUUCAGGUUGGAGAAUGAACACUUGAAUAAUGUCGGAAAAUACCGGGCGUUUAAAUCAGUACCCUUACCUUUCAACUAUGAUGAUGAAGACAAGGAUGUAUAAUUUAUCUACAACAGAUAAGAAAGAUGAUGAAGAAACAGUCGAACAGAUGUUAAUUUGUUUGUCAGUGAGUUUAUACGAGUAUAGACAACCAGGAGGACAAAUGAAAAGUAAAGAUGUCAUUGUUGGGAUUUAUAUACCCUAGGGAAUUCUUAUUUGAAUUAAAGUGACAUAUGUUCAUAAUAUAUCUAAAAUAUUUAUACUUUAUACAAGUAGUGAAUUCAAUAUAUUAUAUUUCGAUUCAUUAUGGAA